AUGUACCAAGCUCUUCUUAGGACGCAUGUUCUCCGAACAUUGGAUUCUCUGUUCACCAUUUUGCUCCCGCAUCCUGAAGAACUUACGAUCAAGUCGCUGCACGAGGAGUGUGGCCCCAUAGUGCGCAUCAAUCCCAUCCACAUCCCCAUCAAUGACCCGACCUAUAUGGACGACAUCUACGCCAGCGGAAACAAGCACAAGCGCGAGCGUGACCCAUGGUUCCCGCACGCAUCGGAGAACGGCUUCCUCAACGGGUCACUCCUCCAGACCAUGGACCAUGAUACGCACCGCAUGCGGCGCGGGGCGCUCAACCCCUUCUUCAGUAAGCGGGCCAUCCAGGACCUCGAGUCCGUGCUCGUCGACAAGACCAACAUGCUGGUUCGGCGACUGUCGCAAGCCCGCCGCGCGGGGCGGGUCGUCAACUUCACCUAA